AUGGCCGACGGAACUGUAGCUUUUGCACUUGAAAGAAUUAGAGACUUUCUUACACAACAAGUUAACAUAAGGAUAGGAGUAAAAGAUGGUGUAAGGUGGCUCAAAGAUGAAUUAGGCUACCUGCAACCUGCUGUCAGAUACGCCGAAGCAAGGCAGACGGAGGAAGUAAUCUGCAAAUGGGUAAACGAUGUCAGAGAUGUCGCGAAUGAUGCUGUUACAAUCCUGCAGAAGUUUAGGUCUCACCAGGAAGAAUACGCAGGCCUGGAACGAGGUAUACUGGAUCGUUUUCAGACUUGUAUUUGCAUUUGCAAGAGAGAAUCUGUGCUUUGUGGUAUUGGCAAAGAUAUCGAGAUACUCAAGAAAAGGAUCACCGUGAUCAAGAAGAGGCGAAACGAGUAUGGCAUUAACGACAUCUUAGCCACUCCAAACGUGCAACAGAAAAACAGAACCUUAUUGAGAACAACUGCUAUUGAUAACCAGGUGGAUGUGGUUGGCUUUGAGGAUGAUAUCAAGGCUUUGAUGGCUCAACUUGACAGCACGGAUCCCUCCCUCAAAGUCAUUUCCAUUCACGGAAUGGGGGGCCUGGGCAAGACUUCACUUGCCACCAAGUUGUACAACAGUAAUGAGUUAAGCCAUUUUGACACUCGUGCCAAGGUUUGUGUUUCUAUGGACUAUAACAUUAAAGAUGUUCUGAAGAGGUUGAUAAAGUCUUUUAUGGGACUUGAGCACGAAAAAGAAUUGUCAAAGAUGGAUGAGCAAGAUCUGCUACAGCACACGCGAAAGUUACUACAAGGUCAAGGCCGCUAUAUUGCAGUGAUUGAUGAUAUAUGGGAUAUAAAGGCUUGGGAAGUGAUUAAAAUUGCAUUUCCCAAUGACGAGAAUGGUAGUAGAAUUAUCAUAACCACCCGAAACAAAAAAGUAGCAGAAACAGUAGAUGAUAAAUGUUUUGUGCAUCAAUUACAAUUUUUGAAGGAAGAGGAGAGCUGGAAGUUGUUUUGUAAGAAAGCCAAACCAACAACCCCGACAAUGGAAAAGUUAGGAAUGGAAAUGGUUGGCAAAUGUGGAGGUUUGCCACUUGCAAUCGUGGUACUGAGCGGCCUAUUAUUGCAAAACCGGAGCUAUGAGUAUUGGUCAAAGGUGAAGGAGCAUAUUUGGAGGCACUUGAAGGACGAGUCGGUGGACAUAGAAGAAAUACUAAGCUUGAGCUAUGAUAACUUGUCUUCCCAGAUCCGGGAUUGUUUUCUCUACCUCGCGAGGUUCCCAGGAGACCAUAUUAUUGGCGCUCACCAGUUGAAGCUUUUAUGGAUUGCAGAGGAACUCAUACCAGAAGAUAACACAGGAUCCGGAGUAGUCAAGGAGGAUUUAGCUAAUGAUUAUCUGAAUGAUCUAAUUAGUCGUAAUUUGAUUCAGAUUGCAACGGUGCACUGGAACGGAAAAGUCCUGGAAUGUCGAGUCCAUGAUCUUGUACAUGAACUUGCCAGAAAUAAGGCGAUGGAGCACAAGUUGUUAGUAACAUUUGACUCAAGUCAACAACACCGAAAUUCCAUCCAUCUGUUGGAAGGACAACCACGUCAAGCCAUUUACAAUGGAAUUGGUGAGUACUUUGAAUUGUCUGGGGGUAGAUCUGAUUGUUUAAAAAUGCGUUCGUUGGCACUAAAUAACUUAAGUGGUAGAGUCAACUUACAAGAAAUGAAGUUGAUGUAUACCAGAUUCAAAAAACUCAAGGUGCUAGAUUUGACAAGUGUGAAUUCUGAGAGGAUACCGGAAGAAAUUGGAGAUUUAGUUCUCCUCAAGUUCUUAGGCUUAAUGGGUGGUAUCUCUGAGGAAGCAUUAGUAAUUCCUCCAAGUAUAGGCAAGCUGAAAAGGCUGCAAACUUUGUGUGGCUCAGACUAUAAAUGUUACAAACUUCCUAGAGAAAUAUGGGAAUUAAAAGAGUUGAGGCAUCUAACGUUUGGAUACUAUAGUGGGAGCAUAAAGAUUGGGAACAACCAGAAAAAGCUCGAGACUCUAAGUCUUGUACAGUACAAGGACUGGCUUGAGAUUGACACUGGCAUGAUCACCAACCUCCAUACACUAUCUAUAGUAGAAGAAUCAGAAGAUUCAUCAUCAAAUGGAGGAGGAGGAGGAUAUGCAUACACGUUGCAGUCCAUAGCUGACUUAACAAGUCUCCAAACAUUAAGCCUAUCUUUUUUUUCUGCCAUUAUUCCAACAAGCAAACCACUUUCAUAUUGCCAGCAUCUCAAGAGCGUCGACUUAUUGGGUACUAUAAUAUCUCCAUCAGAACUAAGUUUUCUGCCAGAUUCAGUCACGGAUUUAAGACUGGUUUGUAGUGAUUUUAGAGAAGAUCCAAUGCCUACCCUCGGAGAUUUACCAAAUCUUACGGCUCUUGAGUUGGAUAGUGUGUACAUGGGAAAAACAAUGGUUAACAGUCAUAAUGCGUUUCCAAGUCUUCAAAUUUUAAGAUUCAUAGAUUUCCCAGAACUGGAAGAAUGGCAAGCUGAAGACGGAGCAUUCCCUUCACUUAGAAGUUUUCAAAAAACUGAUUGUGGGAAAUUGAAGAAGAUUCCCGUACAACUAGAACGUUUCUGGACGGAAGACUGAGACCUGGAAAAAAUCAUACGGUGCAUUCGCAAUCAGCAGUUAAUAUACUAUGAGGCGAUCAUCUAAUGUAUUUGUACAAAAAGAAUAAAUAUUGUUUCAAGAUUGUCACUUGCUUUUGUAUUAUGCAUAUUAGCGGCCAUGAGAAUGUAUUUGCGCAAAAGUUUCAUCUAACUAAUAAUCAAUUCCGCAUAGGAUCGCUGUGUACAUUUGUUGCAUGGGCUCACGAAGACGGCAUUUACUGUGUGACAUGACUUCCCAAAGAUGUCAGAGCUAAUCAG